CGAUGCAGCUUUUGAGGAAAACAAACAAUGAACCAUCGAUUUGAUGGUUUCAAAGUGAAAGAGAAUGAUGGAGGAGUUAGUAUAUCAUGUGAAAAGUACGGAAAUAAGUUUCAGCGAGAAUUUCAUCGAAUGUGGAAGGAGCAAAUACUGUGUGAUGCCACAAUUACAACAGAGACGGGGGAGGAAAUCCCCAUACACAGGGCGGUCCUGUCUAUGCACAGCGACUACUUCAGGGCCAUGUUUACAUCUGGUCUACAAGAGGCUCGUGUCGCCAACCCCAAAAUAAGUCUGACAGAACACCCAGCUGACAUUGUUAAAGGUGUCCUCAAGUUCAUGUAUACUGGGAUUCUUUCAGACUUGAACAGGGAGACAGUCCAGGACUAUAUUAUGUUGAUGGACCAGCUACAGAUGUUAACACUAAAGAAUGCUUGCUGUCCGUACAUGGAGGAUAAUAUUGACACUAACAACUGUCUAGAUGUCUGGAUAUUUGCACAAAGAUUUUCCUGUGAAGAAAUGCAAAGAAAAUCCUUGUCUCACAUUAAGCACCAGUUUAGCUUCGUUUCCUGCCAGGAAAAUUUCCAGCAUUUGGAAACUGAUGCUUUGUUAUUCCUCCUGCAUUUGGAUGACCUUAACAUGAACAGCGAGAAAGUGAUACUGGAUUGUGUUCAGAGAUGGUUAGAAAAUCACAAAAGAGCGAGUACAGAGACUAUGUGGGACAUUGUCCGGUGUAUACGAUUUAAUCAGCUGACACAUCAAGAAAUUUCUGUGUUCUCAGAGCAACUCUCACAAAGCAACCCCAACCAAACCCAAGAAAUAGAUAAUUACAUACAACAGUAUAAAACAAAUGUGAAAGAUCGUCCAAGAAAUGAAAGAAAACACAUCUACGUUAUCGGGGGAUACUUCCAGUCCAGGACCGGUCCUUGUUCGCCUCGCCUUCAGACCGUGGAACAAUAUGAUGCCAUAGAAGACGCGUGGAAAUCCACAACCCAAUUCCCUGUCCUGGCCUCCGCCAUCUAUGCAGUGGAGAUUUUUGGAAAACUGAUCUGUUUUACAUCCUACUCAACAGUGUUUCUAGCUGCUUUUGAAUUUGAUCCCAUUCAGCUAAAAUGGAGAGACUGUUCUUUGCAAUUUCAUGAAAACUGUUUGAAGAACAUGAAGGAAUGUUUCAAAGUAACCGGUGCCAUUACAUAUUGUGAUGAAUCAAAUACACUGUUUGUGUUGUGUAACAAUAACACGCAUGCCUACAGAAUGAGCUGUGAUAAUGGAGACUUACAAAUCAGUGCCACACAAAGUUGGAAGUAUCCAAUGAACCCUUCUCUGGCCUCGUUUGCAGCAGUUACACUGAACAAAGAUUUAUAUGUCCUCGGCGGGGAGGAGAGACUCUCUGUAAGGGACGUCACUCAGAUUCGUGAUGUCAUGAAAUGCAAUGUCCAACGUAAUGAAUGGGAGAAAAUGACGCCUUUGCUAGAAGCUAGAGCCAGCUUUGAUGCUGUACAGUUUGAUGGAAGGAUUUACGUAGUCGGUGGCUUUAAUAACAGAAGACUGCGUACAGCUGAGAUGUACUCUCCAGUGACCGACCAGUGGACCUUUAUAUGUAGCAUGAAUAAAGAGAGAAGUCAUCUUAAAGCAGCCGUAUUGUCAAACAAGCUGUAUGUAGUAGGAGGUAAAUCGUAUUCCAGAUUUGAGGGUGGGGCCAGGAAAGUGUUGAGCUCAGUGGAGGUCUAUGAUUCAUACACAGAUACCUGGAGCUUCAUACAACCAAUGCAGCAAAGCAGGUGUAUGUUUGGAGCAGUUGUUCAUUAAUUAUGUGAUUCAAUGUAAUUUUGAAAUAAACUUAGCCGUUUCCAUCAGGACAGGUGUCUGUUUCAGCCAAUGAUGUUAUAAAAAGCUCUGAUGUAAUCUCUGCAUUAUCACAAAUUUGAUUUCAAUGCCAUAAAAAAGGUUUAUAUAAGAGUAUCUCACAAAUACAAAAAAGACUUUACAAUAUUUAAUGUAAUGUUAAAAUAAUUAAUGCAAUGUUUAGAUUCAGUUAAAAGCUGUUUUCCCCCAUGUCUUCUAUUAUACCCCCGCUCCGAAGGAGAGGGGGGUAUUCUGUUUUACCCUUGUGUGUCUGUCUGUUUGUCUGUCUCUGUGUGUGUCCGUAUGUCUGUGUGUGUGUCCUUGUGUCUGUCCGUAACAAAUUUUCAUCGCAGUUUUCUCAGCAACUACUCAUCACAGAUGGUUGAAAUUUUAGCACAAUCUUUGUUUAUAGGCAUGUCAUAUGGUGGGAUUCAUUUUUGUUUGAAUCCGAUGUCAACUUCCUGUUAUUCUGUGAGUCUGUCUGUACCAAAUUUUCGUCACAGUUUUCUCAGAUGCUUGAAAUUUUAGCACAAUCUUUGUUUAAGCAUGUCAUAUAGGGGGAUUCAUUUUUGUUCGAAUCCGAUGUCAACUUCCUGUUUAUACGUGCGUCUGUCCGUACCACACAUAACACACAUUUUGGUCGCAGUUUUCUCAGCAACUACUCAGCACAGAUGCUUGAAAUUUUAGCACAAUUUUUGUUUAGGCAUGCCAAAUUGUGGGAUUCAUUUUUGUAUGAAUUCGAUGUCACCAUGAGAGUCUAUAUUCACAUCACAGUGGGGGUAUAAUUAGUGAGCAUUCGCUCACAGACUUCUUGUUUAUAUAAUGUCUGUAAUAUAGCUAUGUGGCAAACAAAGCGUGUUUUUUUUUUAAUUUGUGCCAUCACUUACGUAAUGUUGUAAACACAGUGCUUUGCUUUCAAUUAAGCUGAUGUUUUUUUUUCAGUCCACGUUAAAUUUUAAAUGUAGCUACAUUGUUGGCUUCCAGAGGACAAAGUUCUUAUGUCUAGAGGCAUUGUAUCGGGAAUGUAUAAAUUUAUCUAUUCACAAAAGCUCUUUUUAGGCAACAUGAGUUCGCGUACCUAUCAAUUUUACCGAAAUUUUCGCACAAUAUACAUUUAUACUAUGAGUGAUACAUGUUGUGAGAGUAAGUCUAUGUCCAAAGUUUCUAACAUUCUCAAUGAUUUUGCUUCAAUAUUCCUCAUUUUGCAUUUACUAGCUAAGUUUCCAUGAUAAUCAAGAUAUUUUAAUCAAAUGUAUUCACUUAUACACCUUGUGUUAAAAUCUGAUGCUGACCGUUUGUUUAUCCUUGACUUCAGUUGAUUAGCUUAGCUUAAAAUAACCCUUUUUCACGAAAUCUAAAACUGUAUAUGCAUUGGUGGGUUUAAAUCUAUCAAAAUUUUCUUGCCUUAUUUUCUGUUUGAUACUGACGUCAAAUGGUAUUAUCACCACAGUCACAAAUGAAUAUAAUACUAAUUUUAAACCGCUUUUAUCAUAUUAAAUUACUAAAGAAGAAGGUACGGUUUUGGCCUUAUUGUGCCUUGAAAAUUUAAUGUUUUCAAAAUGUGUUGAAAUCGGCAUAAAUAUGAGUUGAGUAUAUGAGUUUGAUAAUUCAUGAAAGAAUAUGGCAUGAAGGUGUACUAUUCUGGAAAUAUGACAUCAUUAAUUUCAUAUUUUUCUAAGUUUUAAGCAGAAAAAGCCUCAAAAUGACUCAUUCCAGGGGGUAUUUUCCUUGAGAAAAUAGUGUCCACAGCCGUCGCCCACUUCAAUACUCGGAUAUGUGGUGUAAAAGCCUGUGAAAAAUCACAAUUCUAAAAAUCUUUGUGGGCGAUGCAUGUGGUCUACAUUAUAUGAAAGAAAAUUUCACUGAAAAUAUAUGUCUUCUGCAACUUUUUAAGAAAAUACGGGAAAAUGCACAAGUUUAUGACGUCACAGUUAGCAUUUAGGAAGUCAAAUGAGAAAAACAAUUUGUUUGAUUUUAGUACAUGGAGUUUCAACAUUUCAGAAAGCACAAAUUUUAAUUUCUUUCAUUGCUUUCAUAUUUUAGAAAAAUACAGGGCCAGAUUUGUAUUGAAACUGUACCUUGUUCUUUAGAAGAAAAAAAAUCAUGUUUAAGUAUAGGUAUUUAUUCUAAGUAAAACUUCUUUUGUCUAGACAACAACAUCAUACGACAUACACGUCAGAGAUCACGUGUAAAUUUGGCUAAUAGAGAGAAGGGCUGUUAAUAAUAACACAUUGUCAUCAUUUAGCUGUGUUGAUAGGAUGAAUCAACUUACACCAUGUGCAAUUACAGAGGGAUAACAUUCUAUACCACAGGUAUCACUUCUGUAGAUAAAGUAGAUAUUGUGAUAGGAUAAUACAGAAACUUCAUCCAACCAUAUACAAGUAAAGGGUAAUCUAAAGAGGACAUUGGUACAUUACUAAAUACUUAUCAAAAGUCAAGUUCAGUAGGAAUGUUUUUUUUUCUUGUUCUUAUAUUUUAUUAAUGCUGAGAAUGAAUUAACAGGAGGCUAUCUUUCAUUUUGCAAUAGAUAUACAGAUUUUUAGAUGGGACAUUUAUCUGCUAUGGGUAUAUAUAUUUUUUAACAUAUAAAUUUGUAUACAUAUGCUGCAGGCAGCGAUUUUAAUAGGCAUUCAUUGACUGCUAUAUAUAUAUUAAUAGUUGUCAGCAGAAAGUAUCAUUGGUCAUUAUUCUGUACCAAAAUUUUUACAUUAAAUAAAAUGUAUUUA